UUGUGGAAACAGUGUCCUGUUUAUCACUGAGAAGUGUUCUCUGGGAUUUUGCUAUAAAAGAGCCCCAUCCUAUGCCUUAUCAGUGCACUUUGAAAUCCAGCUUCAACAGACAGAUCGCCUACGUCCGUCCCAGCCUAACCAUGAGCAGAAACUACAUGUCCAAGUAUGAUGAGCUCCGCAGGGGAGACUACCUUAUGUCCAACAACCAUGAGUGGAAGGCUGUGUUCCAGGAGGAUGGCAACUUUGUCAUCUACGGCUGGAAGCCCAUGUGGAGCUCGGACACGGCAGGCCAGAGGGAUGCCCAUCGCCUGUGCAUGCAAGAUGACUGCAACUUUGUGAUGUACAAAAGGGACAACAAGAUGAUGUGGCAGACCAAAAGCCAGGCCUCCGGAGGCUUCAAGACUUGCCGCAUGUGGCUGCGCAACGACGGUACCAUGGUGGUGGAGAGGGACAGCGAGGAGGUGUGGUCCUCUGCCCAGUCCAAGGGCCACAAGUGAAGAGGGACCCUGGCGAUGACACUUCCUCAGAGUGGUCAGGCCAAGGAUACCAAGAAUACCUACCAUGUGCCU